AUGGCAAGCUGCACCUUUCACCAGCAGGCCCAGCACAAGUCCAAGUACCAAUAUGUAGACAACCAGUUAGUCCUGACUUGCGACUCGUCCGUCGGCAAUUGGACCCCGUCAUCCACGAUGAUGAAUCUCGUCGUCAUCGGGGUGAAUUUGACCUGUUCCGUGCCUCUUCCUUCGACUCCGUAUUGUCUGGCUGCUGACCUGCCCCCGUUGCCGGAUGGGUAUGUCUUUGUGGGUAACCCGGGUGUCCUGGUGCACCCGAUUCUCGCCAACCUGACCUACUACAAGAAAGGGGAAGCUAUCAAGUACUACGUGUGUGCGGGCAAUGGGACUUGGACAGAGGAGGUUGUUCUUGAAGAGACAAACAUGACGAGAGGAUUCUUGAUUCUUUUUCUCCUGCUUGUGACGUCUUGCCACGGAGAUUUGCCGAGUGGCAAAACAGCGGAGGUGCUGCUGAAAUCUGACAUGCAAAUGUUGGCACCAGAACGCAGUGAGUCAAUCAUCAGGAGCAACAACAAUAAUAAUGCGCGAAGUCCAGCUGUUGCCUUUAAUCCAUCCUUGCCGCAACAGCAGCAGCUGUUGGAAAUUUUCAAUGGACAGCAUCUCAACAUGGGUCAUGCAUUGUACCUCACAAAGUUUCUAGAGGAUGGAAAGUUCCAGGAAGCCAGGGAAGCUUCCCUGGUCAAAAUUAAUGCCACUCUUUUCCCUGAUUUGGAGUUACUCAACAAUGCUGGGGUUCCUACUCAUUCAGGUUACAUCACAGUGAACAAGUCCUGCGAUUCAAACCUGUUUUUUUGGUACACGGCGGCCAAAGAGAAUUCAGAAACGGCGCCUCUGAUCCUUUGGUUGCCCGGGGGAUCUGGACUCUUCAGUUUGUUCCUGGAACAUGGGCCUUGGUUCGUGGACUCGCAACUCAAAGUCUAUGCCAGAUAUCACGACUGGUCCAGGACACACGGAGUUCUCUAUGUGGACAAUCCUGUUGGCAUUGGCAAUUACACAGCGAGAGACGAGUGCUACGCAACUAGUCAAGAAGAUGUCGCUCGAGACCUGUACUCGUUCUUGCAGCAGUUCCUCAUCUACAAGGGGCUUGUCGCCUUGUCUUACUUGAAGGGAAUAGGGAUCGGGAACGGGUUUUGCGAUCCCAUCAACAUGAUCCAUUGGGGAGACUUCCUCUUCACCAUCGGCAUGGCGGGUUACGAGGAGAGAGACAGGUUCAGGGAACUCGCCCAGGCUGCCAGGCAGCAGAUCAAGAAAGAAAAAUGGACCCUGGCAGCCAGGUUGAUAGACACCAUUCUUGGAGGAGUGAUGACACCAGGACACACCUCCAUGUUCACCAAUGUCACUGCCUACAACUACUACUUCAACUUCAGACUGCCAGUGGAACCCAAGGAGUUCACCUACUAUUUUCAGUUCCUGGAUCUGAUACCAGUCAGAGAGGCCAUUCAUGUUGGCAAAACUGUGUAUCACAAUUCUAGAAAGGUGCAAACCAAAAUAUUUCCAGACAUGGGACGCUCAGUCAAGAAUAAGAUUGAAAAUCUCCUGAACAAAGGUCUAAAG